AUGACGGCCAGCGGUGAGCACGAGGGCGUUCGCCUCAGAAGGACCAAGAGCGCGACCCGCGCCGAGGAAAUUCAGAAAGCCGAGAGGAUGGCGCGCAGGUCUCAGCCCGACAAGCCGUGCCAUCGUCCGAGGGAUAGUCUAUUUUCGUGGAGCUCGGGCUUCGACAACUUCAAGGGAUUCGUCAACUGGGGUUUUCUACUACUGGGCAUUGGUGGCAUUCGCCUUUUAUUGGAGAACUUUAUAAAAUACGGAAUCAGAGUAGACCCGAGGCAGUGGCUAUUCUUUUUAAGUGGCAAGAAUGAUGCUGACGAGGAACAUCCUUCGAUUCUGCUGAUUUGUUAUUCCACAGUUCCAGUAGUACUAAGUUUGUUGAUUGAGAAAGGUCUGUCAAUGAAUAUUAUUACUCACGGUCCUGGCAUGGUUUUCCAUGUGGUGAAUUUGAUCGUAAUGGUACUCAUGCCACUGGUUGUCAUUCAUGUAAAGGAAACUGGAUUUAGCUUAAUUGGUGCCAUGUACGUGUGUAUGCUGUAUGCCAUACUCUUUCUAAAGCUCUGGUCUUACGUGCAGGUGAAUAUGUGGUGCCGACUAAGUGUCAAGAGCAAAAAUACAUCGCAGGGUAGAAUUCGCAGGCAGUCUUUGAGUUAUACGGAUCUGCAUUCUACGGACGUGAAACAAAACGGUUGUGAUUCCGAUGAAACAAGACACGAGAUAGACGGCGGCGGCAAAGCUCUCGUGCAAUAUCCGGACAACCUAAAUCUGUCGGACCUCUACUACUACAUCCUGGCACCGACGCUCUGCUAUGAAUUAAACUUUCCUCGAACGCAAAGGAUCCGAAAGAGAUUUUUAAUCAAGCGGAUCCUAGAGGUUGUUGUGGGAUGUCAAGUCGUGAUGUCGCUCUUCCAACAGUGGAUGAUUCCUUCAGUGAAGAAUUCUCUCAUACCUUUCAGUAUGUAA